AUGGAUCAAAGCAACAGACCUCAGUCAGGUAAUAACGAUAUAAGUGAGAUACAAACUAUUCAAUCGACAAGAUCAUGUGUGUGCAUUCGAAGUAAAUUUACAUGGAUCAUAUUCACUAUUGUGGUAAUAGCAAGCAUUACUAUUCCAACAACUAUUAUUCUCACGAAAAAGAAAAACGUUGCUGAAACAAAUUCAACAACAAUAAUGAUGGCAACAACAGGAAGAGAAUCAAUAGCAUUGAUGUUAACAACAACAACUACAGGACCAUCAACGACAACAACUACAGGACCAUCAACAACAACAACUACAGGACCACCAACGACAACAGAAGCAGGUCUUAUCUCACUUAAGAGUACUGCUGGAGUUGUUUAUGGCGUACAUGAUACAAGGAUAAGCCACGAUAGUCGAGCAGCACAGUCUGGCCCCGGGAUUGUUGAAUAUCCUAAAGAGGAACCACCAGCUCAUGCAUGCGAUGGUGAUACUUCCACAAAGUAUUUAAACUUUGCACCGUGUUUAUACAGUGAAAAUAGUAUACAAUGUGGUUUGCAUACUGGUUUUUACCUAGAGUUGAAAGGAAAUGCAUCAUUAGUUACACGAUUACAAAUCUGCACAGCCGAUGAUUUUCCAGCGCGUGAUCCACUUACAGUGUCAUUGGAGGGAAGUAAUCACUCUGGAUCGAAUCUCACUCUCGGCUCGAGCUGGACUCUGAUCUACAAUGGGAGUAGUGGUCUCGAAGACGAUCCUGGUAGACGCACCUGUGGAAUUAUACAACUAAUCAAUAAUUCAAUUCAGUAUACAAGUUAUCGGUUUCUUGUUUCGAGCAAGCGGAGCUCCGAGAGCAGUGUUCAGUAUUCUGAAUUAAAGCUAUUUGAAUAUUAA